UCACCUCUUUACGCCUUUGAAACCGUUGAAGAUCAGUUGUCAUUAUUAUUAUUAUUUUUGCACAUCAAAACCUUUCGACGAAAUGUGUCAGAUCAAACGAUGUGUCUUAUUUCGACUGUUCCACGUAAGGUCACGCAAAUAUUUGGGCGCACAUGUGCGCGACCGAAAAGGGAGGGUUUCAGAUCACGUGGUCCCGCCAUCCAGGAAGUGACUCGCUUUCAUUAGGUUUGGCCGAGGCCGGGCAGGAUGUUGUCUUAAACAAAGUAAGCCUAAACAGCCGAUUGGUCACCUACCAAUUGGCACCAUUGGGCUGACCGUCUUUCGGCUAUUGUGUUUUGGACCAAGCUCAAUACUCAGGUACUUGUUGAAAUUUGUUCGAAAUGGCUCCAGGAUAAAAAAAGAAGAUUCCAGAAGCACCGUCGCGGGCUUGCGAGCACGUCCAGAAGGAGCUGAGCGGCCUUCUGUCGCUAAGAAGCGAAGAAAGCUUAGCAGCCGCACAACGAGUCGCCGGCUGCUGUGUAGAAACACGAAAAAAUUACACUCGUCCUUAAUUCGACACUUGCUUCCCUUCCCUGUUACCCUUCCUGAUUCUGUUCUGAGAGAGGUCAGACCAGUAUCAUCGCCAAGAUAGCUGGGCCAGGCAGGAAGCGGCACACCUCAGAUCCAGACCCCAGCAGCAGCGGUAGUGAGUCUGGCGACAGGCGGCCCCUUGGCACCAAGCAUCUGAAGAUGUCCAGCAGCAGUGGUAAUGGGGCCACAGGCCGACGCAGCGGGGCUGCGAAUCAGCAGAGGGGAGGAGGCGACCAUGGGUCCGAGCUGUCCUCGAGCGCCAGUAAGAAGAAGCAGAAGGACAAAGCUAACCAAGAAUCCAGAGAGGCCAAAAGAGUUGCUGCUGCUGCAGGGGUGGAUGGAGUCCUUGCAGAGGUCAAAAAAGAUGUGUUUGUGGAUUGGAAACAAAAUGCCAAUGAAGUGAUCAUCAAGUUGCGAUGUGGAGAAAGUGUUCAGAAGAUUGAAGAUGUCAACACAACCUUCACCGAUACACACUGUUAUGUGCACUUUUCAGAUGGUCGUGAGUGGUCCUGCCAAUUACAGGAGGAAAUAGAGGCUUCUUGUAGUAGAGUACAGUACAAAGAAAAGGGUGGGUUUCUUCUGCUAAUCCUGCACAAGAAGAUUCCAAUUCACAUUUGGCCUUCACUGAAAUCCAACAAGAAAGAGAAAGAGGUGGGACCCACAGAGACAAAAAAUGUCAAGGUUCCAGAACCAAGGUCUGUAGCCUCAGAGUCGUCGGACCAUCUGAAGUUGUCCUCCCUGCUGGCACAGCAUCAAUCUCAGGGUCCUCCCUCCCCCUCAUGCACUGCAUUGAGAUGCAGUGGAAACAAAACUGAGCGUGGUGUCAAACGCCAUUUAAAAAACAAACAACCAUCCGACAAGAACUCAACAGACUGUGUGGUGAACACAUUCGGAGGUCGGGAUGCAGCAGCCGCUUCUUUUAUGCCAGUUCCCACUAAGAACAGCAACUUGCAUCCCCAAGAACCCAGUGCAAAGCGUACCAUUGCCAAUCUUUCCCGGAACACCAAGGACGUAAAGUCUCCUACUUUAGGUCACAUGGACUCAGACCAGAUCGGAACGUCGCAUGUACGCGUGCCUGCUGCAGAGCCCUGUCAAACACUGCACAGAAAUGGAGACAGGAAUACAGAACAAUUAGUUAGUGAACAUGGGAGCACUGUUUCCAACAUGAUUCAGGAGGCAGGUGAGCAAUAUAACACCUCAGACACAAAGGAUAAAUGCUCUGAAACUGGUGAUAGUGAAAACAUACCACGGAUUCCUGUGAGCAUAAGUGGCUCCCUGAAAACUUUGGACUUAAAAAAACAUGUUGACUCCUUCUCUAUAGACAGGAGUAGAGACAAAACUAAAACUGAGACAGAGAAAAAGGCUCCAUUUCAUGAAUCGGUACAGGAUACACAAACCCACCAGCAGGUUGUUUCGAGAGGUGCUGCCUCAGUGUCAGAUGUGUCUGCCAUACAAGAGCCAUCAUCAGUGUCUUUGACCCAGAUUCAAGGCAACUAUGAAGGAGAGGAGAAGCGUGACCAAUCCAAAGAGGAACCACCCCUCACCAAAAUACAGGAAGCACCAGAGCCAAUGGUAAACCUGCAAUCUGUGAAGAAUGACUCGUACGAGAAAGGCACAGACUUAAUGGUGGUGAAUGUCUACAUGAAGGGCAUCUGUAGGAACACAUCCAGGGUCAUUUUCAGGGAGCAGGAUUUUACUCUCAUCUUCCAGACAAGUGACGCCAACUUUCUUCGGCUUCACCCGGACUGUGGCCCAAACACAGUCUUCAAGUGGCAGGUCAAACUCAGGAAUCUGAUACAACCUGACCAGUGCUCCUACUCCUUCACUGUAUCACGGGUCGACAUUAACCUGAAGAAGAGACACAGCCAACGCUGGGAGGGUCUAGAGGCCCCCGCCACACAAGGUGCAGUGGGUGGUGCCAAAGUGGCUGUGCCCUCGAGUCCCGCCUGCACUGAAAAGAGCCAACCAGGCAGCAGCCAGCACAGUUUGCCCACCAAGGAAGAGCCUCCCAGGGUCGGUGAGGAAAAACCAAAGGCUCCCAAAACGCCAUCCAGGGUGGAGGAUAGUGGUUUGGAAACUGUGGCUCCUCGUACAGUCUCUGACCAUGUAGCCAUCACCAAGUCAGAACCCACUGUUAUGACUCCCAAGCCAACCUGCAUGGUGCAACCCAUGACCCAUGCACUCCCUGCUAGUAAUGAGCACCAUGAGGAGGAGGAGGAAAAGAAGGUCUGCCAUCCUGGUUUCACAGGAUUGGUCAACCUCGGAAACACCUGCUUUAUGAAUAGUGUCAUACAAUCCCUGUCCAACACCAGAGAACUCAGGGAUUACUUUCAUGAUCGAGCAUUUGAAUCAGAAAUCAACUGCAAUAAUCCACUUGGCACAGGAGGCCGGCUAGCUAUUGGCUUUGCAGUGUUGCUCAGGGCCCUUUGGAAAGGAACGCACCAUGCGUUUCAGCCCUCAAAGCUAAAGGCAAUUGUAGCAAGUAAAGCCAAUCAGUUUACAGGGUAUGCCCAGCAUGAUGCCCAGGAAUUCAUGGCGUUUUUGCUUGAUGGCCUCCAUGAGGACUUGAACCGCAUUCAGAAUAAGCCAUACACUGAGACAGUGGACUCGGAUGGCCGCUUAGAUGAGGUGGUCGCAGAGGAAGCAUGGCAGAGGCACAAGAUGAGAAAUGACUCAUUCAUAGUGGACCUCUUCCAAGGCCAGUUCAAGUCCAAGCUUGUCUGUCCUACCUGCUCCAAGGUAUCCAUAACAUUUGACCCUUUCCUUUAUUUGCCUGUCCCGUUGCCACAAAAACAAAAGGUGCUCUCAGUUUUUUAUUUUGCCAAGGAACCGCAUAGAAAACCCAUUAAGUUUUUGGUGAGUGUAAGCAAGGAGAACUCCAGCACUGCAGAAGUCCUUGAGUCCAUCAGCAGGAGUGUUAGGGUCAAACCUGAAAACCUCAGACUUGCUGAGGUGGGGAAAAACUGCUUCCAACAAAUGUUUUUGCCUUCCCAUUCCCUGGACACUGUGUCUUCCUCGGACAUGUUGUUCUGCUUCGAGGUGCUUUCCAAAGAUCUAGCAAAGGAGAGAGUGGUAUUGCUCAGAGUUCAGCAGAGACUACAGGUUCCAAAUAUCCCCAUCUCAAAGUGUGCCUCCUGCCUGAAGCCUCCGAUCUCUGAGGAUGACAAGCUGAAGCGUUGUACUCGCUGUUAUAGUGUUGGCUACUGCAAUCAAGUGUGUCAAAAGAUCCAUUGGCCUAGCCACAAGGGCCAUUGUCGACCCAACACUGAAAAUGUGGGUUUGCCGUUCCUAGUUAGUGUACCCGAGUCCCGACUGUCGUACAGCCGCCUUACUCAGCUCCUACACGGUUACUCCAGAUUUUCAGUCAAUGUGUUCCAGCCACCUUUCCAGUCAGGGAGGACAUCCCCAGAAAUAUCUCCUUUACUUGCAAUGCAACCAGCAGCUUCUCUAGGCGGACCAAGCUCCGGAGAUGAAGCCAUGGGUGGAAGCAGUAUUGUAGAAAUAAAUGACUGUGGACCUGAAAAAAGCACUUUAAUGCUUAACUCCCCGAAACAACAGAACUGGACACCAGCCCUUGACUCUGGUGAUACUGUUUCCCUUACUCCCUACCAGACAUCUCUCUCCACCACACAGACUUCAGACUCUGGGUUCUCAGAGUCAAUCUCCUCUACUUCCUGCUGCUCUCUUGACACCCAUUUGGAAAAAGAAACAUCUUGUGAGAAGGCAGUACGACCAGAAGCUGCAGUAGCAGGCUACCAGCAACCUAAUGAACCAUCUUCAGGGCAUGCGAGUCAGUUCUACAUUGUUCUGCUGGAUUCUAACAACAAGGAGCAAAGACUGGAUGAGAAAGAAGACUUACUGGGCGAGCUCUCUGAUGAUGCGACCGUAGAACUUGUGUGGAAAAACAACGAGCGUCUAAAGGAGUAUGUUCUGGUGAGCUCCAAGGAACUGGAGUAUGAGGAGGAUCCUAGUUCUUUGAGUGAGACAGCCAGAGCAGGGCAUUUCACCCUGGAGCAGUGCCUCAACCUCUUCACCAAGCCAGAGGUGCUAGCACCAGAAGAGGCAUGGUACUGUCCAAAGUGCCAGCAGCACCGUGAGGCCUCCAAACAACUGCUGCUUUGGAGACUUCCUAACAUUUUGAUCAUCCAACUCAAGCGCUUCAGCUUUAGGAGUUUUAUCUGGAGAGACAAGAUUAAUGACAUGGUUGACUUUCCUGUCAGAAAUCUGGAUCUGAGUAAGUUCUGUAUUGGCCAGAAGGACGAGAUGCAGCAUCCGCCUAUCUAUGACUUGUAUGCAGUCAUCAACCACUAUGGGGGAAUGAUCGGUGGCCACUAUACCGCCUAUGCUCGCCUGCCAAGUGACAAAAACAGCCAACGCAGUGAUGUUGGCUGGCGUCUAUUUGAUGAUAGCACUGUAACAACAGUGGAAGAGAGCCAGGUGGUGACACGCUAUGCCUAUGUCCUUUUCUACCGACGCCGAAAUUCACCUGUGGAGAGGCCGCCACGCUUCCUCAUGCCAGUUGGGGCGGACUCUCCACCUGCAAUGGGAGCUACUGCCAGUCAGGCCUCUCAAAUAUGGCGGGAACUGGAAGAAGAGGAGGACGGUCUUGACGAAGGCCGCCGCGAAGAUUUCUUCUCUGGCCUACGACGCCGACAAACCCAGAGAGGAAGAGAUGAGGAAGAUGAGGACAGAGCAGAAAGGCAUCGUCAACGCAUGGCAAGGACGUCAGAUUGUCAUGACGACGAUCGUGUGCGAUACUUUGUUCUGGGAACCCUUGCGGCCGUCUUUGCACUUCUGGUCAAUUUGGUCUACCCUCUUCUUUCCAAAUCCAACUGGGUUUAAGUUGCAGCUCAUUGAUGAAUUCCUCAGGAGUUGAAAACUGAAGAUAAAUGUUUAACGUGGAAGGAAGCCAUAUCAGUUGUAACCAUUACUUUGGACCAUCCAAAAUAAUGUACUAAAAUAAUGAAAUGGGGGGGAUCAAGAGUUUAUAGAACUUUAUAAGUGGUUGAAACGAGAACUCUACAACGCAUUGGCUGAUCUUCCUUGCUUUUAAUUUUUUUUUUUUUUUUUUAAUUUAUUUUCGAUUGAAAGGCGUGCCAUAAUAUCCUAAUUUUUCAGCAACUUAACGUAGCGGUGCCUCUGUUUCGCGCUUGUGUGUUUGUGUGAGGCGGUAGGCCAGGCUGGAAACGUUUUUUAAUGGUUAAUAUAAAGUUUUUGACUUGUUUUCCAAUGGAGUGACUUAAUCACAAACAAAGAAAUAAGCAAAAUAUUGGUUUAAGGCUGUUUCUUGUUGGCAGAUAACCCCAUCAGAUGGCACAGUGCAUUAUCUUUAUCGUUGGUAAAUUAUGGCGUUUUCAUGGGUAUGCUAUGGUAUGGUGCAUUGACUCAAAAAACGCAUUCAGGCAAAAGUGCAUUUGCGAGACUUAAGCCCCAUAAUUGCCGUAAUUUGCUUUCAUGAAUGUCAACCGUCAUUAAUCAGUCCUUUAACCGCAGAAUCUCAGGGAGAAAAUUUGAUGACAAUUUGGAUUGUUUAACUGUCUUAAUAUCAGUGUCAGUUUUUGACUGCCUUUCCUCUACUUUGCAUUUAAGAGUAGAGAACUUAUUUGCAUCUUUUCUCAGGCAGGCUAUUUGUUGGUUGGUUCUAUAAAUUGGAACUAACGCUUAACGUGGUUAUUGAUCAACAUUUGUUCCGUUAUACUUUUGAACCUUUAACAAACAUAAGCACUUAAGUAAAAAACAUACAUGUUUCUUAUGCAUAAUAGCAAUAAUUUUGAUUGAUCAGCUCAAUACAAAUGUUGUUCACACUUAGACGAAUUUGAAUGCUUUGUUUUUCAUGAUCUUUUUUUUUUUGUUUCAACUUGGCAGUCACUGUGUUUAGUUUCCAGUUGUAUUUUUUUUCCAUUUUAUUAUUUUUUUAAUGUUCAAAAGUACAUUUUAUUGCAUAAGUGAUGGUGACUUGCAGUGUAAAAUUGAAGCGCUUAAAAUUUGACCUAUUUGUUGUAGUUUUUAAAAUUCUGUAUUUUUAACAUCGUUUUCAAUUGUUGAAUUUAAGGACAAAAAUACAUUUGAAGUCCACACAAUUCUAUGCUGCUGUGGUGAUUCUGAUUGUAUAGAUAGAAAUGCAGGACUCAGGGAUUUUUCCACUGCAGUCCAACCGGGUUGCCUGACUCCAAUAUUAAAUGUAUACAAAUAGAAUUGUGCAAUCUAUUUAUGCAGUUGUAUUGAUCUCAAUAAAUUGUAUGUUCUGUGGUAUGUCAUUGCUUUUCUGUAAUGUACAAUUCAUUAAUUAUUAGUUUCAUUCCAAUAAUUAUCUACAUUCCGUAAUCCAAACUUGUCUUUCUUGUAUACGGUAUGUAAAUUUGUGUACGUUUUGAAAUGGGAACAAAAAAAAAAUUACAAGGUAUUAGUUGAAAAUAUACAUGCAUGUACUCAGCACAACUCGUGACAUAAGAUGAAAUAAAACUGCCUGAUUUAUCAAUGUAGUUAUUU